UCUUCUGCGAUUAGCCCUCACAUAGUAGUAGCUCUCUAUCUUUUUCCUUUUUUUUUUAAUUUUCAUUUGAUUUUUGUUUCUUUUUUAAAAUAUCACUAAAACCCUGUUUCAUAGAAAACAAUUUAUAUAGCCUUAACAAGAGUAAAUCAUAGCUUUAGCCAGCAACAUUCCCUGCAAUAUAGAGAGAAAAGGAGAUUCAUUCUGACGUCAAACUUUGUUGUGUAGUUUAAAUAGGUGAACUGGGUUUUGUAUCAGUGCUUCUUUUUUUUUUUGUCUAUAUAAUUCUCUCUCGUUUUGGGUUCUUGGAAUUCUUGAUCCAUUAGGGUUUUUUGGGGGUUUGUUGUUGCUGAGGGGCAAAAUGGACAAGAAGAAGGUGGCUGUGCCAUUAGUGUGCCAUGGACAUUCACGUCCAGUUGUGGAUUUGUUUUACAGUCCUGUCUCUCCUGAUGGCUUCUUUCUCAUUAGUGCUAGCAAGGAUUCUAGUCCCAUGUUGAGAAAUGGGGAGACUGGUGAUUGGAUUGGAACCUUUGAAGGGCACAAAGGUGCAGUGUGGAGUUGCUGCCUGGACACUAAUGCUUUGCGUGCAGCAUCUGGCUCCGCUGAUUUUUCUGCGAAAUUGUGGGACGCAUUGACAGGGGAUGAAUUACAGUCUUUUGAGCAUAAGCAUAUUGUUCGAGCAUGCGCAUUUUCAGAGGAUACUCACCUUCUACUUACUGGUGGAUUUGAGAAAAUUCUUCGUAUAUUUGACUUGAAUCGUCCAGAUGCACCCCCAAGAGAAGUUGACAACUCACCAGGUUCAAUCAGAACUGUUGCAUGGCUUCACAGUGAUCAGACCAUAUUAAGUUCUUGUGCUGAUAUUGGUGGCGUGAGGUUAUGGGACAUACGAAGUGGCAAAAUUGUUCAAACACUUGAAACAAAGUCACCGGUAACAAGUGCUGAAGUGAGUCAGGAUGGUCGUUAUAUAACUACUGCUGAUGGAUCUACGGUUAAAUUUUGGGAUGCGAAUCAUUUUGGAUUGGUGAAAAGCUAUGACAUGCCAUGCAAUGUGGAAUCAGCUUCAUUGGAACCGAAAUUUGGUAAUAAGUUUGUUGCUGGAGGAGAAGACAUGUGGAUCCAUGUGUUUGAUUUCCAUACUGGAGAACAGAUUGGAUGCAACAAGGGUCACCAUGGUCCUGUUCAUUGUUUGCGAUUCUCACCUGGAGGAGAAUCUUAUGCAUCAGGAUCCGAAGAUGGAACCAUCAGAAUAUGGCAACUCAGCCCAGCAAGUCAUGAUGAGAAUGAUUCUCUUCCUGGGAAUGGACCAACUGGGAAAGUGAAGGUCUCAGCUGAUGAUGUUGCCCAAAAGAUCGAGGUCUUGCAUGUCAGCAAAGAAGGAAAAACUGCUGAGAAGGAUAAGGCAACUGAUGCCUGACUUGGGCUUCAUAUUGUUUCACCUGUUCUUGUUUUGUCUCUACUUGGCAAGUGGACGCUACUUCUUUUGCAUUUGCUCUGCCGUGGAAGUAAAAUGGUCACUGAAAAAAAAAAAACAGAAAAGGAAAAAUCUGUUUUGUAUGCUCCUCGCUGUUUCUGCCUUGUUGGGAAAACCAUCUUUCGAACUGAGCCACCGUUAUAGUUUUAAUGAUGUAGAACUUUAAGAAAAUGACAAUAGAUUUUU